GACGUAUCGCAGCAACGGUCCUACCCGCUCUAUGAGGCGUCUACGUAUUCAUGUCUAUGGAUAAAUCUACUGGGUUUCAGUGCAACACUCAGAGGAAGUAAAACAAAACGGCUCCAGCAGCAGCUUUGCUUUGUGGUGUUGUGUUUUAGCUAAAUAUUCCGUAACAAUGUCUUCAUUUCAGCAGCUGAGAGAUUUUAUCAGAGCGCGACUAACUGCUGCUGCUGAAGAAAUCUUCAUACAGGUUGAAAAAACCAUCGUCCGCUACGAGGAGGACAUUGAGCUGCUGGAAAAAUGCUGGAAACCUCAGAUAAAACUCACCAGAAUCGACGAGCCAAAGCAGCAUGUCAACAAUAAGAAAGAGGUCUGGGUCGGUCAGAACCUCAAGAAGGAACCAGAACCUCAAAGCAUUAGACAGAACCAGCAGGAACCAGAACCUCAUUGUACUGGAGGGAAACAUGAUCAUAUUCAGAUUAAAGACGAGUUUGGAAAACCGGUGACCCAGUACCAAGAGGACAUCAGAAAGCUGGACAUCUGCUGGAAUCAGCUCACCAGAACCGGCCUCCCAAAGCAACAUGUCUGGAAGCAAGAGAACGUCCUCAAUGACCAGACGGAACCAGAACCGCCACAGUUUACAGAAGAACCAGAAGAUGGGCCGUCAGAUUCAGAUUAUCUGCAGUGUGAAGAGGAACAGAAGAGUCCAGAAGGUUUGGGUGAGAAAGAGGAUGAGGAGGAUGUAGAUCUUCCUCAGUUUGAGGAUGAACCAGGGGAACCAGAACCUCCAGAGUUUGAAGAUGGUGAAAUAAAUUCAGAGUUUAUGGAUAUUAAAAAGGAUCCGGAAGAACCUGAUCCUAUGAAGAUCAAAGAAGACCAAGAAAAUCUAGAACCUGCAGAGUUUGAAGUCAAACAGGAAGAACCAGAACCAGAACCUCCACGGUCUGACGGUGAACAUGAGAAACUUCAGUGGCUCACCUUCCUGAACCAGAGCAGCCAGCAGGUCCAGCAGCUGUUAUCAACGUGUGAAACCAAGGCCUUUAUGGACCCGUUGCCUUCUCAUCAACCAGAACCAGACAAGGAACAGCUUCACCAUCAGAACCGUUCAGAACUUCAGCACCGUUUCUACUCAGGUGCAACGCUGGAUGCUGAGCAGAUCACAGAGGAACGAAAUGGAUCAGAACCGCCUCCUGUCCAGCAGGAGAAGAAGAAGCUCUGCAGCGGCUGGGAGGCAGAACAGGUUAUGGCAGCAGGGUCUCAGGAACAUGGCUGGAUUGGACCAGAACCAGAACCAGAGCAGUUUCAGUGUCAGAACCCUGCAGAGGAGCAGCAAAGUUUCAUCGAGCUUAAAACAUUUUAUUCAUGCGAUUCUGAGCAGAUGCAAGAGGAACCAGAACCUCCAUGUUUUCAGCAGCAGGAAGCAGUCAGGAGUUGGGAGGAGAAACUUCUAAUGGCCUCAACUUGUCAACAACAUGGCUGGUUUCAACCAGAACCAGGCGCUGGUCCGCCUCACUAUCAGAACUUGCCAGAAGAUCACCACAGAUUCAUGGAGCUUUACGGUUCCUGCUCCGUUGUGACAUCAGGUCAGGAACACUGUGGAUCAGAACCCGUCCAGCUGCAGCAAAAGAACCCAGACCGGAAGCAGCAGGUUGUUCCGACCCGACCUGCAGCUGAGAACCAGAACCAGGAAGGAACCAGCUCUGCAGGGUCAGAGCGUCUUUCUCACACCAACACUGUGAAGUUGAGUAAAUGCUAUGUGUGCAGUGCUGUAGUGAAAUCUCAGAGUUUGAAUCAGCAUCUAAAGACGCAUCCGGGUGUGAAACCGUAUGUCUGCAAGCGCUGUGGAGAACGCUUUGCCCAACAUGCUCGCCUGAGGGACCACAAGAUGACCCACCUGGUGGACGACCUGAAAGCUCGGCAGCUAGCUGGAAUCAAAAGCAGACAGAAGAACUUCUUCUGCGAAAUAUGCAGACGAGGCUUUGCUGAACUUGCUUUUCUAAAAAAACACUGCAAAGCUCACAAGUGGGAGCAGCCAUUUUGUGAAACCUGUGGGAAACAUUUCACUUCUGAAUAUUCACUCAAGUCUCACCUGAAAACACACCAAAGGAAACGUGCAAAGCCGUUUUACUGCGGGUUAUGCAAGAAAAGGUUUGCUUGUCAUUCAACCAAGAAAUCCCACAUGAAGAGGCACAAAGAACAGGAGCCCACAUCGUAUAAAACAUGGCGGGAAAUGUCCAACACCACAAAGCCAGUAGUCAACCACCGAGAAACUCCCUCUGCUGCUGAAACUUUGUUUUGUAGAAUAUGCAAAAGACUUUUUCUUUAUAGGACUUCUUAUAUUGCCCACAUGAAGUCCCACAAAAGCGCGGCCAACAAAUGUCGCAAAUGUGGGAAAAGUUUUAAAGAUAAACAGAGGCUGGCAGCCCACAGGAAGUCCCACAAGAAGAAACCAGCCUUCAUUUGUAGCAAAUGUGGGAAAUGUUUUAAAGAUAAAUCUGAAGUAGGUGCCCACAGGAGAAGCUGUGGGAAACUCUAUGGAUGUGAGGAAUGUGGAAAUAAGUUUUCCUCCUGGAGGGGAGUCAGGCGCCACCAGAAAGGUGGACAUUGUAGGGGAAACGUUCAGUCUGUCAACUAGUUCUUUUUUUUUGUUGCUUUUCUUCAGUACUAGUGAUGUUGCAAAGAUGAGAAAUAACUUUCUGUAAAAUAUUUGGAAGGUUGAUUUUUAUUUCAUUUUUAGUGUAAACAAAACGUUGUUGGAUGUUUUGUUCUCUGAUUUACUUUCUGAGAGGCCUUGAUGGCGUUCCGCCGUAUUCAGAGCUCUGAUUGGGUCGUUGAGGCUCUGACCUCAUGUUGCCUGUUGGGACGUCCAUUUCUGGAUUGGAGGCUGGUUCGAAUCUGAAUUUCUUAACAAUAAAAAGUUGCAUGUUUAACGUUCAAAUCAUCAGCCAAUCCUCACAGGAUUGGAGUUUAUAAUCUGUUAUUUAGAUCUUAACAUAAAUCUGUUUGUCACUUUAAAAUAAACUAGAUAAAAGA